AUGACGGAGACCAUGAAGCAGCAGCAGGAAGGUGAAGCUGGAAUUUGGUGGGACACCAAGAGGCAACUUCUGAUUAGAGAAUUGGGAAAUAUCACCAUUUUGACGUGGGAGAGGUUUAAGGAGGAAUUUGAAAAUCGUUUCUUCCCAGAAUCAAGGAAGACCCAGAAGGCUCAGGAGUUUGCCACAUUGGUACAAGGCAAUCUCACUGUUGAGCAGUACAUUGCGAAGUUUAUGGAGUUGGGAAAGUUUGCCCCACACUUGAUUGCUACUGAGAAAAUUCAAGCCCAGAAGUUUCAAGCAGGGAUGAAUCCUAGAAUUCAGAGUUAUGUUGCUGGAUUCUGCAUCCACAACUUCCAAGAGUUGGUUAAUGUGGCUGCAAUAGUGGAAGCAGAAUAG